UUAACGGUCAUCCAACUCGGAAUUACAAGUCGGAAACUCGUGCUUCAUCCAUUGUAUGCCAGCAGGUCAAACGAACGACUAAAAUAAACGAGUCACUCAGAAAAACGAAUCAUGGCUGUCGAGUCAACUGCACAUCAUGGUUGAUGCAUGCAACUUCUGCAGCAGAAUGCAGCCCACAACGCGAUGACUCGGGCACGUUGUUCUGCCCAGGCGUUGCUGACUUCUGCCAGAUCUUACAACACCUGGAUAGUUGAUGCAAGCAACUUCUGAGCAGGGGAACACAACCAACAUCUCGAAGGACCUUGACACAUAUGGCGAGCCAAUCAAUCAAGUGCACCUGAUGUGUUGAUUUACCGUUCAUUUUUCUGAUACGUCGGUGUCACUUUUCUAAUCUUAAAGUAAUUUCAGAUGGCUGGGGACAUAGCAGAAGCAAUUUGCCUCUGUCUCUCCUGUAGAGGUUGUUGGCGCAUCUCCGUGUCACAGAAUUACGUUCUCUAAUGGCUGCCAUGGGACAGACCAAGAGUGGGCUGAAGUCCAAUCUGCUGGUGAGGGCAGUGAGGGUUAUACAGACCCAGUGCAAUCCCCACCUGCUCACAGUCGUGCGCCAGCUCUACCAGGAACGCUACUCCAACCAGAUAGUUCCUGGCAGCAUCCAGACGACUCCAGGAAGCCACCAGGAGGAGCAGACCAUGGCACCGGUGGUGGUGACAUCACACAACCCCACACAGCACACAAACAAUCUGACACACAACCCCACACAGCACAUAAACAGUCUGACGCACGACCCUACACAGCACACAAACAAUCUGACACACAACCCUAGAUUGUUCCAGAUGGUACCCCUUCCCUUCUACCAAGCCCUGGGGACAGUCCUACCCCCCAGACAACUGGUGGGCUCUUUAUUUUCCGACAUGCAAAACCAGGAGUUCAACCUCAUGCUAACGCCAAAGCAAGUGGAGCAGAACAGAAACUGCAAGGAGCUGCAACCAGGUGUGCCGAGUGUCCAGGUGGUUCUCAGAUUCUGCUUCACAGAGAGUCUUGGGUACGAGGAGGAUCAAUACCCACCAUGCCUGUCCAUCAAAGUUAAUCAGAAACACAUACCCUUACCGGAAAUUCACAGACACUGUACACCCAUCAACAUAACCCCAACAGUUUCUCUCAGCCUCCUCCCCUCAUUUCGUUUAUGUGUCUGGUGGAAGAGAUGUAGCAAAAGGUACUCUGUGGCUGUGUACCUGGUGAAGGUGCUGUCCCCCUCAGACCUCCUCAGUCAACUGAAGAGCCAAUCAGUGGAGAGUCUGACAUUCUGCAGACAGCGCAUCCAAGAGAAGCUGCGAUUCAACCCAGAAUGUGAGGUGACCACAACAGGACUACAGGUGUCCCUUAUAUGUCCGCUGGGGAAGAUGCGUCUGUCAGUGCCCUGCAGGGGGCGUAAGUGCGGCCACCUCCAAUGCUUCGACGGGACGCUCUACCUGCAGAUGAAUGAGAAGAGGCCCACCUGGACCUGCCCAGUGUGUCACAAGCUAGUUCCGUACAGCCAGCUAACUAUCGAUGGGCUACUGACGGUGAUCCUGGCGUUGGAGGGCUUUCAGGACAAUACAGAGGUAGAAUACCUGGCUGACGGCUCUUGGAGGUUUGUUAUAGAUGGCGUGAGCAGGACAACACAUCCAUCGGCACCAUUGGAGAAGAUGGAGGCCUGUAGUGUGACUGCAACCACCAGAGUCGUGUCAAAGGAAGUCGUCACUGUGGACCUUACUCAGGAGUCAUCCGAGGACGAGGCUGAUGAGGUCACAAAGGUGCGCCAUAACGAUGACCUCUCCGACAGGAACGGGUUUCAUGAAGUUGCUCAAGGUUCUGUAUGGUCAUCAAUGGUAAAUCCAUCACAGAGAUUAACAGUACAACACAUGUCGGCGCAGAGGUAAAAUGUGUGUUUGUUUACAGUUAACCUGGACACAGACCUUUCAAAAUAAAUAGCCUAAGAGGCAAUGGUUACUGAGCAGUUCCAAGAGUCUAGAAACGUAACUCACAAUUAUUGAGCACGGUUACAUGCACCCAAUACUACGAUUAUUGUGGAUAGCUAGAUUUAAUAUAAUAGUUUGUUUUAAAACGUUUAGGCCUACAUGCUUUGCAAGAACGAUUUCCCUAAUAAUCCUGUGUAGAUUGACACAUCUGAAAUCGGGUAACCACAGUAACUGUUUUUUGUGAAGCCCGAGUUCGGACAUACAGUAUAAAGUGUGUAUGUGAAAACUAUUUCGAAGAUGGAAAAUAUUCAGUUUUUCCAAACUCACUUCACUCGCGCAUUAUAGAGGAAGGGUUGCGCUACUGGUGCUGGCACAUGCACAAAUCAGAUGCAUUGCUGGAAUGUCAAUGAAAUUGUUUACAAGUCCUAAUAAUUCUGAAGAUUGCUCUGAACAGCAGGUGUUUUAUUGGUGUAAGCUUACUUCAAUUUUGACCUGAAGCCAUUUUUAAGAUGAGCAGAGUAAUGUUUCUACAUUGCCUACUGUCAUAAUCGCUUUAAUAUCUAAUUAUUGUGCAUGUAAAUGUACUCAUGUUAAUAUGUAUUUAAUGCUUUUUUGUAAUACCAAUUUCUAAUAAAAUUAUUUUCACCCUCCUAAAA